UUUUAAAAUUUGGUGUCAUAUUUUUCAGGCUAGUCCAUUUUAUGUUUACCUAUUGUGACUUUCAUGUUUAAUCAUAUAUUUUGUCAAAGUCGUGUUGUGUUAAUUUAUAAUUUCAUACUAAAAAAUCCAACCUGUAUUUACGAUACUAAUAAAAAGUCAUAAACUGUGGUCACAAACAAUUGGGUACAGAUAGAAAAGAAUCUAGGAAAGUAAUAAAAUGGAAAAAAAAAUAAAGCCAUCUGAAAUCGGGUGGGCGUGGGAGAGGAGCAUAGGAUUCCAGAAUUUUCUCUUAUAGUAACCGCGGUGGUGAGCACGCUUUAUCGCCAGACAAGCACACAGACAGCUCCUUAUUAGCGUCUAAACCCAUUUUGUCUUCAUCUGCCUCUUCCCAAACCCAACCGCAACCUCUUAACCUUCUCAGUCUACCAUUUCCUUACUCUCUCUCUCUCUCUCUUUCCAAUGGCCGACGACACUCCUCCCGCUGCUCCUCCUGUCAACCCACCACCGUCUUCAGACCCCCUUCCUCUACCGCUGACUGAAACCGAAGACCCUCCUUCUCUGCCGCCCCCUGUACCACAUUCUCCGGCUUUAGAUCUCUCCGGAGCCCCCAAUGAAGAGCCGCCGGCUUCAGGUCCUGCUCCGGUGGAGCUUGAGAAGGAAGACCCAACUUCGAAACUGGCGACCAAAGAAUCGGAGCCGAUUGCGCUUGCGACCCAGAAAGCAGAACAGUCGUCUGUUGAAGCUGAAGUGACGCCGUCGCCGACUGCAGUAGUUGUGACAGAAGAGCCUUUAGCUGCUGCUGAGGAGUCUGAAGCGAAAGGGAAAUUGGAAGAGUUUUUCGCUACUGAUUCUGAGAAAUCGAAGCAUUCAUCAGAUGAUCGGGAGCCGAAGAUUCCUAAGUCUUUGAUUUCGUUUAAAGAAGAGAGUAACAAAGUAGUCGAUCUCUCAGAUUCCGAGAGGAAGGCUCUUCAGGAGCUGAAACAGCUUAUCCAAGAGGCUUUGGAUUCCAAUGUAUUCACUACUGGGCAAUUAGCUCCUGCUGAUAAUGCUUCUAAUUCUAAACCCACCUCUGAUCCCAAAACUGAAGAGAACCCAGAAGCGGAAACCGGAAAAGUAGCAGAAGAAGCUCCAAAAGUGGCAACUUCAGUGGAAGAACUUUCCAUUUGGGGUGUUCCUCUUUUGAAGGACGAUAGGACUGAUGUGAUUCUUCUCAAGUUUCUGAGGGCUAGGGACUUUAAAGUGAAGGACGCUUUUGUCAUGUUUCGGAAUACGAUUCGUUGGAGAAAGGAAUUCGGGAUAGAAGAGCUUUUGAGUGAGGAUCUUGGGGAUGAUUUAGAAAAAGUGGUGUUCAUGCAUGGAACUGAUAGAGAUGGUCAUCCUGUAUGUUACAACGUUUUUGGUGAGUUUCAGAACAAGGACUUGUAUCAAAAUACAUUUUCGGAUCAGGAAAAACGAACAAAAUUCCUUCGGUAUAGGAUUCAGUUCUUGGAAAAGAGUAUCAGGAAGCUUGAUUUCACUUCUGGUGGUAUUUGUACCAUCUUUCAGAUUAAUGAUCUCAAGAACUCUCCAGGGCCCGGAAAGUCUGAACUUCGACUCGCUACAAAGCAAGCUCUCCAGUUGCUUCAGGACAAUUAUCCUGAGUUUGUUGCUAAACAGGUAUUCAUCAAUGUUCCUUGGUGGUAUUUAGCCUUCUACACUAUGAUCAGCCCAUUCCUGACCCAAAGAACCAAAAGCAAGUUUGUUUUUUCAGGGCCAGCGAAAUCCCCUGAUACCCUUUUCAAAUACAUUUCUCCUGAGCAAGUACCGAUUCAAUACGGUGGAUUAAGUGUAGAUUUCUGUGAUUGCAACCCAGAAUUUAGCAUUUCUGAUCCAGUCACAGAAGUAUUUGUCAAACCAGGAACUAAGCAAACUGUUGAGAUUAUUAUUUAUGAGAAAUGUGUCAUUGUGUGGGAGCUGCGUGUUGUGGGAUGGGAAGUGGGCUAUGGAGCUGAGUUCGUGCCCAACACUCAAAAUGGAUACACAAUUAUCAUACACAAGUCGAAAAAAAUGGCCCCAAGUGAUGAACCAGUGGUGCAUAACAGCUUCAGAGUUGAUGAACUGGGCAAAAUAUUGCUGACAGUUGAUAAUCCAACCUCAAAAAAGAAAAGGCUUCUCUACAGGUUCAAUAUCAAACCCCUCUCGGACUGAGGGUUCAAAUUUGAAGUACUUCGAUCUUCGCAGGAUCCAUACAGAAAAUGAAGACAAGGAAUAGCUUCUCCCAUUCAUUUGUCAUCUUCAUUUUCAUAAAGUUUGGCUGCUGGGUGCUUUGUGUAUUGGGGUUUCCUAGUAGCCAUCGUAUCGAAAUCCUAAAGUUGUAAUAUUUGGAUUUAAGAGUUUAGUAAGUUCCCAUGUAACUUAUGGUGUUGGUGGGUUUCCAUGGUGUUACUGGUUUUAUGCUUUUUGCGUGAUAUAUAUAGACAAGAAAAGUGAGAGUUGCAUCUGGAAUUGAAUGAGUCUUUUUUUGGGGGAUCGUGCACAGAAUCAGAACUUCUGUACUUUUUGGUAUUUGGGAUCAUUGAGUGUGUUUCAAUAUAUCUACUUUAUAUAUAAUGGAUAUAUAAAUAUUUCUUGUUUUA